AUGACUCGUUCAAAACGAAAUGCCAAGAGUGCCAUUCCCGCUGUUCAAAACAAAGACCGUCAUCUUCAAAGGAGUGGAUUAUUGGAUGCAAGAGGAAUGCCAAAAAAGGAAGGAGGUGGUCAACAUAAUUGGGGAAGGCCCACGGACGAACUUGCGGAAUUGGAUGAACAUUACGAAUAUUUUGAUAAUAUGCCUAAAUAUGAUAAAGAAAAAGUUCAGAACGCAAAAGCGGCAGAGACUAAUAGAGAUAUUGGCAAGUUAGGGAAAUUACAAGUUGUGGAUCCGGAAGAAUUUGAAACUCUUAACCGUGAAACCAAUUCUGUUGAAACUGAAUCUAAUGAAGGUUCUGUGACAUUGAAAAAUAAAUAA